UAAUAAUAAGUCUACAGGAAACGAAAGAAACUGGAAAUUUCAUUUCUGCUCUGGCUCUGUUCUUCUCCGUGUUAUCGAUCUUGUCCUGUCUCUCACAUUCUUCUCUGGAAGGACGUAGUAGUUUAGUUCUUCUUCUCUUUUCUUUUCUAAUGGAUGAAAAGAAGUGAAACAGUACAUGGAAACUUGUCGUAGUAUCAAUUUAUAUCCAAUCCUUAAUGCAAAUGGGUGUCAAUCUUUAAGGAACCAAUACAAACCUGUGGAAUUGAAUCUCUUGAUUUUAAGUUAUCGACCUUCUAAUUCAAUCAAUUUCGUUUCCGUGCAGCGAAAUGCAAUCUAAGAUUGUUCGUAUCGUUUUUGAGCUUUAAGUUUAUUGAUACUGCAAAUGGCAUUAUUCAGAGCUAGGGCAUUCUUAUGUAGAGGCUUUUCAACUUUUGCUUCUCAUCCUACUCAUAUUUGCGUUGUUGGGAGUGGACCUGCUGGUUUUUACACUGCUGAGAAGUUGUUGAAGGCGCUUCCCAAUGCUCAAGUUGAUAUAAUUGAUCGUUUGCCAACCCCUUUUGGUUUAGUGCGCUCUGGUGUGGCACCCGAUCACCCUGAAACAAAGAUUGUGGUUAAUCAAUUUGCGCGGGUUGCACAGCAUCAAAGGUGUUCAUUCUUUGGUAAUAUCAAGCUUGGAUCUUCCAUUUCAUUGUUGGAUCUCCGCGAGCUGUAUCACGCGGUUGUGCUAGCAUAUGGAGCCGAAAGUGAUAGAACUCUCAAGAUUCCUGGAGAAGAUUUGUCUGGCAUACACUCAGCCAGAGAAUUUGUUUGGUGGUACAAUGGGCACCCAGAUUGCAGAAACCUAAAUCCUGACUUAAAGGCCGCUGAUACAGCUGUAAUCCUUGGCCAGGGAAAUGUAGCUCUAGAUGUUGCACGCAUCCUUUUACGGCCAACAUCAGAAUUGGCAACUACAGAUAUUGCUAGUCAUGCAUUGGAGGCUUUGCAGGAGAGCUCUAUAAGGAAAGUCUUUUUGGUUGGAAGACGUGGACCAGUUCAAGCAGCUUGUACUGCUAAAGAGCUACGUGAAGUUCUUGGUAUUAAGGACUUGCACAUACACAUACAGGAAGCUGAUCUUCUCAAGAGCCCAACAGAUGAGGAAGAGGUGAAAAACAGUCGAAUACAGAGGAGAGUUUAUGAGUUGCUUGCUAAGGCUGCUGCUUCUGGACCUCCCCAUUCUGGCACAGGUCUACGUGAACUGCAUUUUGUUUUCUUCCGCAAACCCGAGAAGUUUCUGAGUUCAGAAGACAAGAAAGACCAAGUUGCUGGUGUUCGAUUUGAGAAGACAGUUCUUGAAGGUUCUAGCCCUGGAAAGCAGAUAGCUAGAGGUACUAGGGAGUUUGAAGACCUUGACUGCCAGAUGGUGCUAAAGAGCAUAGGUUACAAAUCAGUUCCAAUUGAUGGUUUGCCCUUUGAUCAUCAGAAAGGAAUUGUACCUAACGUUAGAGGUCGAGUUGUAAGGAAUACUUCUGGAGAUGCCAUCCAACUUGAGGAAGGAUUAUAUGUAUGUGGAUGGUUGAAGAGAGGACCAACUGGAAUUAUUGCAACAAAUCUCUACUGUGCUGAAGAAACCGUUGCAAGCAUAUGUGAAGACCUUGAUAAAAGAGCAUCAGGGUUCUCCUUUUCUAGCUCAGCGAAGCCCGGGAGAGAAGGUCUAGUACGUGCAUUGGACGAUCAAAAUGUAAAAGUUGUACCAUUCAGUGCUUGGGAAAAAAUAGACUCUGUAGAAAAAAGGCUUGGGAGUCUGAAGAACAAACCCAGGGAGAAGUUAACCACUUGGGAGGAGCUACUGAAGGUGGCCAUGGAAUGAGUAUAUCUUAUGAUUGAAUCUCUUUUCUUAUGGUUAAUUUAUAUUCCUCCUUUGUUUUCCAAAUGAAUUACAUAGCUAUUCUGCUUCUUUGUUUCGCUUCUACUUGGGACAACCUAUUUAUUACCCUCUCUCAAGCGCAGAGCUAUUUCCUUUUAUAUCUUGCUUCCAUAUUUUAACAUUGAAGACUCUAACGAUUUGUCGACUUUGCUCGAAGUGUCGGUUUCUUUGACUAGUAUUUAGAUGGAAUCGGCUUCCAUUGAAGAGGCAACAAUAAAGGAGGCUAUAUAUUCUUUUUUGAGGUGCUAGAGAGGAUGGCAAAAAGUCAUUCUUCAGUUGUAAAAACACUUGAAUUGAGAAGUGCAAAUCACCUUACCCUUCAACUUCAUCUGCCUAUUCAUUCAUUUUA